AUGGAUCGAAGAAUCCUCGAGAGGAAACGAGAGAAGUUGAGGAAAGAGGCAGAAGAGGCAGAAUAUCGAGUAGAAGAAGCAGAAUAUCGGGCAGAGGAACUUGAUGGCCAUACGCCCGCCACACCCGACGUAGAACACCCCGCAAUGUCAGGCCCGAACGACAAAGCCCCACCUCUACCGAAAAUCUCGCUAGGGAUCUCUCGCGCUGGACGGUCCCGAUUCCAACCCCGAAGGUUUCUCGACUUCCAACCAUCUCUCUCUCAGCGAAUUCCCAGUAUCAUUCCACGAGAACCAACUCCUCCACCUUCACCACCGGCAGAAUUUGAACCACUACCGCUACCCAGCCCAUCUCCCCCAACUGCACCAGAACCUACACUAGUCACAACAGAGUCUGACGAGUUUGGACUCUAUCGCGUUUAUUCUACCUUCCCUACUGCUAUUCCAGAUGAAGAGGUAGCCAUAGAUGAUGUUUUCGAAGGACCUAGACAUCGGGCAUCCACGUUCGAGGCAAAACACCCACUUUCAGUGUUUGGUCUCAGGGACCCUGAUCAGGAAGGUCUAUUUGCACCGUUCCUGAACGCAACGGUCUUCCGUUUCAUGAAUUGGUGGUAUGGACCAUCUAAUACCAAGACCGUGGAGGGGUUGGACUCUCUGGUUCACGACAUUGUUCUCGCGGAUGACUUUAAUCGCGAUGAUUUAAUUGGGUUUCGUGCGAAGAAGGAGCUGGAGCGGAUGGAUAACUAUACCAGUACCCGAUCCACGCUCCACGCUUCAGAUGGCUGGAUUGAAGGAUCGGUCAAGCUUCGCCUUCCUACAGAGAAAGUCGAGCAGUCCGAGAACGAGGCUCCUCAAUUCACGGUUUCCAACGUAUUUUAUCGGAAGCCUCUGGAGAUUAUAAAGUCAGUUCUUCAAUCCGAUGCUGGAAAGAAGUUUCAUUGGGUUCCAUUCAAACUACUCUGGCAGCCCACCAUGCCUGACCCUUCCUCAGUCACACCGUCCCCGCCAGAACGAAUUUUUAGCGAACUUUACAAUUCUGACGCCUUUAUCGAGGAAUAUGAGCGAAUCCAGAUCAAAGAGUAUCACGAUCCCCGACCGAAACCAACCCCCAUUGAUCCCGACACUCCCACAAUUGAGAACGUUAUUAUAGCUUUGCUCUGGUGGUCUGACUCGACCCACCUUGCCAGCUUUGGAGACGCGUCACUGUGGCCUUUGUAUCUCUUCUUUGGAAAUCAGUCAAAAUAUGAUCGAGGAAAGCCAACAACGUUUUCUGCUCAUCAUACUGCGUAUAUUCCGUCUCUCCCAGAUGACAUUCAAGAAUUCUAUCAAAAAGCUUUUGGUGUACCUGCAAGUGGCGACACUCUCACCUUUCUCAAGCGAGAGCUCAUGCAUGCGAUUUGGGCGCUCAUCCUGGAUGAUGAAUUCAUGCAUGCCUAUGAACAUGGCAUUCUAAUCCAGUGCAUUGACGGGAUCAUCCGCCGCAUUUUCCCUCGAUUUUUCACGUACUCAGCGGACUACCCAGAAAAGGUCCUGUUAGCAAUGAUCCGCUCCCUUGGUCGAUGUCCAUGUCCGCGAUGUCUCGUGGAAAAAGAUCAAAUUCCAGAGUUGGGGACAGUUCGCGACCGCCAGCGUCGUGAGCACAAAGCUCGUGUAGACUCAGCAGAUCGUCGAGGCAUCAUUGAACGGGUGCGUGGGUGGAUCUUCAAAGGUUAUGCUAUCGGUAGCGAGGCUGUAGAACGACUGCUUCAAGCGAAGUCAUAUGUCCCUGUCCGAAACAUCUUCUCCGAGAAGUUAUCACCGUUCGGCUUCAAUUUUUUUGAAAUGUUUGUACCCGACCUCCUUCACGAAUUCGAACUUGGCGUAUGGAAAGCAACAUUUACCCAUCUCAUGCGAGUGCUCUAUGCAGUUGGAGGUGACGGAAUUCAGGAGUUGAAUGCCAGAUUUAGGCUGGUUCCAACCUUCGGUCGCGAUACAAUUCGAAGGUUUUCCAAUAACAUGUCGGCCAUGAAAAAAUUAGCGGCUCGCGACUUUGAGGACAUGCUACAGGCAAGCCUUAUCCCCGACUUCAAUGACAAUAUAUUGGACCUUUUGUAUGACCUUUCUACGUGGCAUGCAUAUGCAAAACUCCGGCUUCACACCUCCUCAUCCCUUGACGAUAUGGAUAUUGCCACAACUCAUCUUGGCCGCAGUCUCCGAAAGUUCCGACGUGAUGUUUGUUCUGCCUACAUUACCAAGGAAUUGCCAAAGGAGACAGCAGCUUGUGGUCGAAGAAAGGCGGCUCUUGCCAGCAAUGUAAGCCAGAAGCGUAAACGAGCUUCAGGUACUGUAUCUGUGAAGCAAAAAUCAUUCAACCUAUCAACGUACAAGGUUCAUGCUUUGGGGGAUUAUGUCUCCACAAUUCGUUCUUUUGGGACCACGGAUAGCUACACUACUCAAGUAGGAGAACUAGAACACCGACGUGUCAAGCGGUUUUACAGAAGGACGAACAAGGCAAAGUUUGUAACACAAGUGGCAAAACAUGAACGACGAGAAGCACUGCUGCGAAAAAUUGAAACCCGGGUGGAGAAACAUUCCACUUCAAAGUCUUCACGAGAAGACCCUCCUGAUAUUUCACCUAAAACGCACCAUCUCAUUUCUCAGAAUACCGCUGAUUGGUUUGACGUUCGGAGAUGGACACGGGAAAACAAAGAUGAUGUCGCGGUCAAGGAUUUUUUGCCAAAGCUCAAGAAUCACCUGCUUUCUACUCUUUUAGAGACUCGCGAUAAGGUGUUCUCGAGCGAGGAGUGCGCUUCGGUCAAGAUUAUCAAUGACCGGAUUUAUCGCCACAAGGUCCUCGACAUUCAAUAUACCUCGUACGAUAUGCACCGCUGCCAGGACUCCGUGAAUAUUCGCACACAUUCCGAUGUCAUGGUUCUUGCCGACGACGAUCUUCACGAGGCUCAUCCAUAUUGGUAUGCUCGAGUCAUUGGCAUAUUUCACACUCGAGUUCAGUACAAUCUGCAAGUACAUGAGGUGCCAUUCUUAUGGGUUCGGUGGUUUGGUCUGGAUACACAGUUUAGAUUUGGGCAUGCCCGGAAGCGCCUUCCUCGAGUUGGUUUUUUAGAUGGGUAUGAUCCAGCUGCCUUUGGUUUCCUCGACCCUUCCUAUGUUCUUCGAGCAUCCCAUCUCAUUCCAGCAUUUGCUCAUGGUCGCCGGGAUGAUAUUUUACCGCCAUCUAUUGCUCGCCUUCCAGAGGACAACGAUUGUGACUGGUCGCGGUAUUAUGUGUCAAUUUUUGUAGAUCGCGACAUGUUUUCCCGCUAUGUGCCUGGCAUUGCAGUCGGACAUCAUUCUAUUCAUAUUCCAACGGGUCAAGCUGAAGCUGAGGCUGACAAUGAGGAUGAUACCGAGGCCGAUAUUACAACUCGGGAUGACGAUAUCGGGACGCAAUUAGAGGAAGAAGACUCACAAUCAGAAGAGCUAAACGAUUCUGCCUACCAGGAUCCAGACUCGGAAUGGGAGAGUGAUGAUGACGGGUCGGACGGGUCAGAGAGUUAUGAUAGCAGUCAAGAAUUUGUCGAUAUGGAUACAGAUACUCUGCGCGCUGAGGGUUAUGCACACUUGUAG